AUGGGGUCUGAGAAGAAGCCAUUGAAUCCUGUUCUCGGAGAACUCUUCUACGUGUUUUGGCCAGCGAACGUAGUAGCUCGUGGAGGCAAAACUACCCUGGUUGUAGAAUAUGUCUCCCACCACCCUCCUAUCACAGCUUAUCGCAUAGAGAACCUUGAAAAAGGUGACUUUGCCCAAAAGACGAGUUUCAGCGGUAGGUUUUGUUUCUUGUCUUCCUUUCGUGGGAAGCAUUGUCGUGAAACAAGUCGGGCAUGCAGUUUUGGCUGUAUCUCUUCCAGCGAGGAAUACCUGAUCACACCUCCUCGACUCCGCAUCGAUGGACUGUGGUACGGAUCACCGUAUAUCGAGCUUGCGGAAACGGGUUACAUUCAAAGCUCUACCGGGUGGCUCUCUACAAUCGAAUACAAAGGCAAAGGCUAUUUCUCCGGCAAAUCACACACGUUCAAAGCAACGCUCACCCCGCCUUCACAUAUCCAUACCUCCCCACACGUCAUCGAAGGGACGUCUAACGAGUUGCAUAGCGGUGCUACGUUCCAUAAUGUCACCUCGCCAAAGGAGGAGAUUACAGUUGCGGCUGUGGAGGAAGCAAGGGGAGUGGGAGAGCAUGAAGUUGUGGGGAAGAUUGAGAACGAGCAGAGGCGAGAAGACGCGAGUUCGUCGCUAUCAACAUGA